AUGGACCCCUACUCUGCCGAAGGCGAAUUGAUCAACAUCCACAACCACUUCCACCAGGGCCAGUACCAGGAGGUCAUCGACUACGACACCUCCGCUCUGUCCCCCGAGAAUGAGCUCCCCGCCCGCGUCCUAGUCCUCCGCGCCCGCAUUGCCCUCGGCCAAACCGAGGAUGUCCUCGCCGAUGUCCAGGGAGAGAAGGAACCCGAGCUGGUCGCCAUUGGCGCCCUUGCUGAGAGCGCGCUCGGCAAGACGGAUUCUGCUGUGAAGACGAUUGAGAAGCUUGCGGCUUCCGAGGGAGAGAACACCACGGUUCAGAUUGUUGGAGGCACAGUUCUGCAAGCUGCAGGCAAGUCAGAGGAGGCACUUGCGCUGUUGUCGCAGCACCAGGGAAGCCUUGAUGCUGUCGCCCUGAUUGUCCAGAUUCACCUGCAACAAAACCGCAACGACCUCGCUCUCAAGGAGGUAACCGCCGCUAGGAGGUGGGCACAAGAUAGCUUGCUGGUCAACUUGGCCGAGUCGUGGGUUGGCCUGCGACAGGGCGGAGACAAGUACCAGCAGGCAUUCUACGUGUUCGAGGAGCUUGCGCAAGCGCCAGCGACAUCGUCUAUCGCGACUCUCGUCUCCCAAGCCGUUGCCGAGCUGCACCUAGGCCGGACAGAGGAGGCACAGGCUGCAUUGGACCAGGCCCUCGCCAAGGACGCCGGCUAUGCGCAGGCCAUCGCCAACUUGCUGGUAUUGACGGUCAUCUCGGGCAAGGACCCCAAGGAGAUCACGGAGAAAUUGAAGGCGGCGGACCCCCAGCACCAAUUCCUCGCGGACCUGGAGGAGAAGAGUGCGGUUUUCGACAAGGCGGCGACCAAGUACAGCGCCAAAGUGUCGGCAUAG